AUGGCCGCCUCGGAUGCUUUUUCCAUGAUCUCGGACACGAAAAACAACACACUAUUCGAGGAAUAUCAUGAGCGAACCUCAGCCAAAGGCAAUAACCUUAAUGUGCAGUUGGUGUCUGCUCUUCGGGCCCAACACCCCGAACUGAUCAUUACCACAAUCCCCAAGCCGAACUGCCCGUUGAUCGCCUUCGCCUCAGCUGGUUACGCCACUGCCGAGCUCGACACGCAAACCGAACCGGUUGUAAGUUGGCGGGGCUUUGCUCCCCCUUCUCAUCGUGGCGGAUCAGUCUCAGUUGCGGACUUCAAAACCUUUGCCAAAUACCACUACAAGUGGAACAAUGAAGAUUUCAUCGUCUACACGAUCCUAGUUGGGCUCGACGUUCUCCAAUACGUUCUCAAAGAGCCGACCGAGGACGAGUCUCCGCUCUCGAACUCUUCCGUUACUGAUAAACUCAUAACUACCAUCGGUGCAUGGUUGACCAAAGAUGCCCCGGCUAUCUAUGUUUAUGACCGAUAUUGGCGACGGAGCAAAGAAUUGUGGGAAGAGGUGCAAAAGGCAAGCUGGGACAAAGUAAUCCUUGAUCCAAAGAUGAAGAAGUCAUUGGAAGAGGUCUCGAAGAAGUUCUUCGAUUCGAAAGACAUCUACGACGAGUAUGGCGUUCCAUGGAAGCGGGGCCUUAUAUUCCAUGGUCCUGUUGGGAAUGGCAAAACCAUAUCGGUCAAAGCUCUCAUGCACAGCCUUUAUCAGCGAAACCCGCCAGUUCCGACAUUGUAUGUCAAAUCAGCUCCGUUCACUUACAACAUCGGAGCUGUCUUUACCAUGGCGCGGUCCAUGAGCCCCUGCCUCCUGGUACUCGAGGACAUUGACACUAUUGUCACUCCUCGGACUCGCAGCUACUUCUUCAACGAAGUUGAUGGAAUAGCAAGCAAUGAUGGAAUCCUUAUGGUGGCCAGCACCAACCACCUCGAACAACUAGAUCCUGGCCUCUCAAAGCGGCCAAGUCGAUUUGAUCGCAAAUAUCUCUUCCCAUUGCCUUCAAAGGAUGAGAGGGUUCUCUACUGCGAGUACUGGAGGAAGAAGCUUGAGAAAAAGCAAUCCAUCGACUUUCCAGAAAAGCUCUGCCCUGCGAUUGCCGACAUCACAGAUGACUUCAGCUUUGCUUACCUUCAAGAAGCUUUUGUCGCCACGCUGCUCGAUAUUGCCCGGUCCGACGGCAGUGACUCAGAUGACGAGGACGGCGAAGAUGACCCGCUUGACAAGUACGUGCUGUGGCGCGUGAUGAAGAAGCAGGUACAAAUCCUUCGAGACGAAAUGGGCGACUCUAAGCCACCCCUAGCGGAAGCGUGUGACUCAGCUGGAAGCACGGCAUUCGCCUCGGCAUACGAGGAGACGCUUCCAAUGCUGGAACAAGCUGCGCGGCGCGGCUCAGCUGGGCGCCUCUCUAAAACGCCGGGCCAGCAUGCGGCAUCACACUUUUUUGACGUGGACAGCGCUGCUUCGAAAGCCGGGGAAGCUGAUCUGUAUCGCCCUGCGGGUAUGCGGGGAUACGAGCAUGGAGCUGCGAUCGGGCAUGGCGUCUGGGAGCCGUAA